AUGUUCUUGACACGUAGUGAGUACGAUCGCGGUGUGAACACCUUCUCACCAGAAGGAAGGCUUUUCCAGGUGGAAUAUGCCAUUGAGGCUGUGAAGCUUGGCUCUACUAGCAUUGGAAUUCGCACUAAAGAGGGAGUCUUACUCGCUGCUGAGAAAAGAUCUACCUCUAAGCUGAUGGUAAAUGAUGCCAUAGAGAAAAUCAGCAAAGUUGAUGAACACGUCGGUGAGUACAGUGUAAUUGUUAUGGUAAAUGUAAUGUGA